AUGUCGAACUAUACUCGGUGCGCCGCUUGCAGGUAUCUUCGGAGGCGAUGCUGCGAGGACUGUACGUUAGCUCCCUUCUUCCCCUCGACGAACCCCACCAGAUUUGCUCAUGUCCAUCGCAUCUUUGGCGCCAGUAACGUUUCCCGAAUGCUCCAGCAAAUUCCAGAGGAGCAACGAAGCGAAGCGGCGGACGCCAUCGCCUUGGAGGCGUUCUGGAGGGUGCAGGAUCCGGUGUACGGCAGCGCCGGAGUGAUCUCUGCGCUGCAGACCGAGAUCAGUGGGGCCCAGCGUGAGUUGGCCGAGACGCAAGCGCGCGUCGCUGUGUACGCUGCUCGGGCGCGGUCAGCAAAUGCGCAAGUCUCGGCGGACGAGGAGCGCUUGGGCGACGGCGCAGGCGCAGGCGUUUACUUGCCGUCGAACCAUCCGUAGAAGAGAUAAAUGUCAGAUGAAUCCAAACUCAGGACAAUAACCAAAGUCAAAGUCAACCAGCUGCGAGAAAGUCAAA